AACUUCCAGGGUGGGGCUAGGAGCAGCCAGUGUGACACACACUCAUUUUCAUGGUUAAAGUCUGCCCAGGAGGGUGAGAACUCAUGGAGAUAGAGUAUGAGAGAGCUACACUUCUUGAAAAUCUCCCAGAUGAACUUUUCUUGUCCAGACCUCAGAAAUCAACAAGUUCUCUGUUAGAGGAGCUACCUGGGAAUGUGAUAUUCAGAACCCUGCUACAGGCCAGCCCGCCAUUUGGUUGGAAAUUUGGUCAUGGGUUGCCGAGUAACUACUCCUUUGGAUCAUGCCAACCCAGGAGGCUCUUUCCUGACUUCUAUCCCUCAAACCGGAUGGGGAAUGACUUUCUCCCUCUUAGGGGAUUUCCUGACACAGGGCCUGGAAGUUACAUGACAGAUUCCUAUGGCUUGGCAUACAACUUAACCAAGAUUCCAACCAGUACAAAAGGAUAUACUCUUGGAGCCAGAACAGCUAUGAGGUUUAAGCCAGUCAACAAGGAAUCGACACUUCACCCAGGCAAGUACCAGAGAGUAGAGAAUUGGAAGGAAAAAACAAAGCAAAGUUUUGUUCCAUUUAAUGCCUUCAUGCCUCGAUUUCAGAGCUAUUCAAAAGACAAUUUCCCUGGCCCUGGUGCAUACAACCCAGAGAAGAAACCACUUCCAAAAGUUACUUGGCCAAUGAAAUUUGGAUCUCCAGAUUGGGCUCAGGUUCCAAGUCUACAGAAAAGAACUCUAAAAGCUGAGCUGUCCACAGACAAAGAAUUUAGAAAGCAUCGGAACCGAGUUGCUUACUUAAGCCUGUUUUACGAUUGAGAAGUGAUCACUUCCUUCACAUGCUUCUCCUGAUCACAGACUCUUCAGAAUAGAGGAUAGAGCUGCUCUUGGUCUGCAUCACCACGGCCCUCAUGUCUUUCAGUCCCGGGCCCAGAACGCGUUAAGGGGCUCACAACUGAGUUUUGUGAGCAUAAAACUGGUUCCAAGUGUUC